AUGCAUCUAUUCCAUCAACCAGUUUAUGCUCAGUUUAUGCUCCACCCUAUCCAUUCAACUAGUAAAUGCCCAAUGAGCAAUAUUCCUGAAGAUGAGUUGGAAAUAUCACAGAAUUCCCAGGUAUUUCAAAAACUUAAUGACCUUUCAGCAGUUGCCAAAACAUUAGAUAGGUUUGGGGUUUCUAACAGAGCUGGAGCAGCAAUUGUGUCAGCCACAUUGCAAACUGUUGGCCUUAUUUCUGAAGACAAUCUAUCCAACGUUGUAGAUAGUAGAAACAAGAUUAGACGUGCUCGUGAAAAACAAAGAAAUUCUUUAGCUGACGUCCAUUUACUUUCAGAAAAUGGCAAUUUUGGACUGUAUUUUGAUGGGCGUAAGGACAAAACUUUAACAAUGGUGGACUCGAGAAAAAAAUUUAUACUAGAAGAACACAUUAGCUUGGUUAAAGAACCAGGCUCCGAAUACAUGGGCCAUGGGUGUUUACAGUUUAAGCAUAUCGACUGGCAUAAACUUAUUGUAGUUGGGUCCGACGGAACUGUCGUUAAUACAGGUAGGAAAGGAGGAACCAUACGAUAUCUGGAAAUUAAGUUGAAAAGGCCGCGGCCUGACAAAUACACCAUUGCAACGGCCGGCCGUUGCAAUGGUGUAUUUGUCAUUUGCAUGCGAACGAGCUUCCGUUGCGUCAUCUGUUCGAGUUUCUCGAUGGUACUACUAGUGGACCUCGAAGCUGUACAGGACCUAUAG